UUAACGGGGCGUGGCCUAUGGUUCCGCCCCCUCCCGCGGGCUCAAAGCGGGCGGCGGCGGCGGGGGCGGGGUCAGAACACGGGUGGUGGAUCCCAACGAGGCACUUUGGGGCCAGCCACCGAGCAGCGCCUCGGCGGGGCCGAGCAGGAGCAGGCACCAUGGAGUCCUUCAAGGUGGUGCUGGAGGGGCCUGCACCUUGGGGCUUUCGGCUCCAGGGGGGCAAGGACUUCAAUGUGCCCCUCUCCAUCUCCAGGCUCACUCCUGGAGGCAAAGCUGCACAGGCCGGUGUGGCUGUGGGUGACUGGGUGCUGAGCAUCGAUGGGGAGAAUGCAGGGAGCCUCACGCACAUUGAAGCCCAGAAUAGGAUUCGUGCCUGUGGGGAUCGCCUCAGCCUGGGUCUCAGCAGGGCCCAGCCACCUCAGAGCAAACCGCAGAAGGCCCUGGCCCCCGCCGCGGACCCCCCGCGGUACACCUUUGCACCCAGCGCCUCCCUCAACAAGACGGCCCGGCCCUUCGGGGCGCCCCUGCCCGCUGACAGCGCCCUGCAACAGAAUGGGUGCAGACCCCUGACAAGUCAACAGCCGCUCCGGCCGCUGGUCCCAGAUGCCAGCAAGCAGCGGCUGAUGGAGGACACAGAGGACUGGCGGCCUCGGCCCGGGACAGGCCAGUCCCGUUCCUUCCGCAUCCUUGCCCACCUCACGGGCACCGAGUUCAUGCAAGACCCGGAUGAGGAGCACCUGAAGAAAUCAAGAUCUUGCAGCCAGGUGUCCAGGACAGAAGCCCCAGCCCCAGCCUCAGCUACACCCCAGGAACCCUGGCUUGCCCCGGCAGGCCCUACCACCCCCAGUCCCACUAGCCGCCCACCCUGGGCUGUGGACCCCGCCUUUGCCGAGCGCUACGCCCCGGACAAGACAAGCACGGUGCUGACCCGGCACAGCCAGCCAGCCACACCCACGCCUCUGCAGAACCGCACAUCCAUCGUGCAGGCAGCCGCUGGAGGGGGCCCAGGAGCCGGUAGUGGCAACAAUGGCAAGACUCCUGUGUGCCACCAAUGCCACAAGGUCAUCCGGGGCCGCUACCUGGUUGCGUUGGGCCACGCAUACCACCCCGAGGAAUUUGUGUGCAGCCAGUGUGGGAAGGUCCUGGAAGAGGGCGGUUUCUUUGAGGAGAAGGGGGCCAUCUUCUGCCCACCCUGCUAUGAUGUGCGCUAUGCGCCCAGCUGUGCCAAGUGCAAGAAGAAGAUCACAGGCGAGAUCAUGCACGCCCUGAAAAUGACCUGGCACGUGCAGUGCUUCACCUGUGCAGCCUGCAAGACACCCAUUCGGAACAGGGCCUUCUACAUGGAGGAAGGUGCCCCUUACUGCGAGCGAGACUAUGAGAAGAUGUUUGGCACGAAGUGCCGGGGCUGUGACUUCAAGAUCGACGCAGGGGACCGUUUCCUGGAGGCGCUGGGCUUCAGCUGGCAUGAUACUUGCUUCGUGUGUGCGAUAUGCCAGAUCAACCUGGAAGGGAAGACUUUCUACUCCAAGAAGGACAAGCCCCUCUGCAAGAGCCACGCCUUCUCCCACGUGUGAGCCACUCCUACCCAGGGCCGCCUCUUCCAGCCCAGCCAGAGGGAGCUCCUUCCGGAGGCUCACCCCAGACUUCUGGAUAGGGCUGGCAGAGCUCACCCCCCCCACCCAACUCCUGGCCUGAGCCUGGGGUUCCCUGGGCCCUGCCCUCUCCCCUCAUCAUUUCCCCGCACUCCCUCCAUUUCCCCCCACUCCCUCCACCACCAUCACACACUGGUGCUGGCCACACCAGCCCCUGUGCACACCCAGUGCCACAAUAAACCUAUAUCCAGCCGUG